ACAUAGCAAAAUUGAAGAUCCCAUCUAGCUAUUUACAGAACAGAUGCAACAGCAAACUAUAGCUAUAUAUGGCUUUCCUUUGGGCCUGCAACUUCUUGCUUAUAGGAACAUAUCUGGUCUACUGGACAAGAUUCCUGGUUCUUCAGAUGAGAGAACCUUCUUGGAAUGGCAUUCAAUUGGGAUCCCCAAAAACAAUCUUACCCUAAAUGAAGUUCAUAUCCUUGAACGUGUUCUUGAUUUGGUUGUUACUCCGUUGCUGUUUGUUGACCACAACGAAGAUGGAUGGGGAGAGUGGGAUGAUGAAGAUCCAGUUGUUGAACACAAGAAACAUAUAGUUAACAGGAAAAGGAAACAUACGGCAACUCCUUCUUCAAAGGGAAGUCAAUCAAAAUCGAAUGUCGGUACUUCAAGGCGAGGCAGGAAGCGUAAGUUUGAGUUGGUUGAUGAUGAUGAGGCAGGUGAUAUAAAAUUGUGGGUGAAUUCGCGGUUGGAUGCUAUAAGACAUGAAUUUGCGGAGAGUGUUCAGAAGUUAAGAGGUCAGAAUCGGAAUCUUCUGAAAAAGAUCAAGGCCCUGAGAUCUCUGAAGAUGCCAAGAUUUCAAUUUCACAAAUUCUCUCGCUCUAGACAGUCAACUUGUCCUCCAUCAAGGAAAGUACGCAUAGCAGCUAAACAUCCCAAUAUAUCUGAAUCUCCUGGGAAAGCUGCUGUAGGUUCCCAAAACAUCCCAACUCCUCCUUCAAGUCCAUUAACUUCAAUGCAUGAGGAAGCCAAUGCAUUUUCAGGAGAACCUUCACUUCUUGUUGAUGAUUACACAUGGCGUCUAAUAACUUCUAAGAAGAUGAAUAGUACAGUCAAUGAAGUUGUUGAGGCAGACAAUCCCGGGAAUACCAACAUGGAUUCAGUUACUUCCUCUCAAAACAAUCUGAAUGAAUCUCCAUCAAAGUAUUUAUCUGCUGAUAGCACAGAGGCUCAACAGUCUGAUCAACCCAUAUAUGACACUGAGUCAAAACUUAGAGACGAGCCUCUGCCUUCUCCUCAACUUCCACCUGUUUUCGAUACUGCAAAGAAACCCUCUUCUAUUGAUGGAUCUGAGGAGCUCAACAUAGGAGACUUGUCCUUGGCGGAUAAUGUUGACACAUUGGUUCAAUCAGUUUGCAAGUCCAUAAGUCCUACUAUUGCUGCUGCAGCUGAGGAUUCCUUACCAUCACAAGAAGAGCCUCUUGCUGUUGUUGAUUCAAAGAUUGCCGCAGCAACUGAACAAGAAAAAGAUGAUGAUAUUGAAAAUGAUGAUGAUGAGGAUUCUGCUGUCGAAACUGGAGAUGUUGUUGAUGUGAGUGAUUCAUCUCCUGCGAGAGAACGAAAGCCAACUUCUUUGUCUGACAAAGAGGCCAAACUUGUUGCGUUGGUGUCAAAUAUUCCCCAAAACUCACCUACAAAACAACAUGACCUCUUACCUCGUUUGGACAAAACAUUAUUCAAAGUCUUCAUGGACACACUUCGAAAGGCACCACAUACAGAACACCUAACCCGCGGUGAUACUGUGAUAACGAACAAAUUCCUAGUCCAGCUUGCCCAGCCAACCAAUUGGGUUGAUACCAUGCACAUGGAGGUCCUAGGAUCUUUCCUAAAUGAAAGGCACAGAUUGGCACUCUCUCAAAAACGCGCUGUAAUCAUCAAACCGUGGCUAGGCAACUACCUACAAGGAAAGUACCCUUCUUUCCUAGCUGCAAAACAAAAGUUGCGCGUUCAAUGGAAUCAACAGUUCAAGCGGGCAAUUCCUGGAUCUCCAUCAGAAUGGUUUGAAGAAAUAGAUCUUAUCUUCAUGCCAAUGAUUUGGAAAAACCAGCAUUGGGUACAUGGGUUGGCUCCUUUCCGUUGGACAAGAAUGAAAGAGAUCUAUGUCAACGAGAGGAGUGGGGACUGUGGACCUGUGUCAAUGAAGCUCAUUGAAAUAUACGCCAAUGGUGGAGGUCCAGAGAAAAUGGCUCUUAUAACUGAUGAAAUUGUUGAUGAUUUCAGGGACAUAGUUCGUCGGAUCGGUAUUUCUGGUUUUCGUCAUCUCGGUCCAUUCAUCGCUGCUGGCCCUGAAUGGUCAGCCAUUGUAUUUUCUGAUGAAGUAUUACAGGAGGUUGGUCUUGAAGAGUUUGUAUCUGUCCCAUCUUUGUGCAUUGAAGGGUCACCGUACCGCCCAUUUCUGCUUAGAUGUCUACAUUCUAACAACAACACUGCCAAAUACAUUGAAGGAUUAAGACUAGCUGCACUUGUUGGCCCUUCUGUUCAAUCUCUUGAUAUGCUUGGUGAAGCUGCAAUUCAUAACAUUCAUUCCUAUUUUGCUUUUGGCAUUUUCUAUGUUUUAUGCGGAAAUCCAUCUGCAGGAAGUUUGAUUCUCCAAAAGUAUUUGGAGAAGUUUCAAACUUUCGAAGAAGCUAUUAAUUGCGCUGACCAGGUGAUGACUCAGAUAUCAGACAUGGGUUCAACAGGAAAGCAUCUUUACCGAGGGUACAGGGGUUUACACGUUAUACCAGCUUGUGGUUUAGUCCAUUACGGGGGUUUAGAUGUUUGCCCAUCUUGCUUUGUGCUAUUUUAUGUCUUUCAAAUCCAUGACUUGUGUUAGAUUUUUAAUCUAAAUCUGCCUUUUGAAAUGACUGUUUAUACUCAUACACUGUCUUGCAAUCCAUUGAGUACUGACCACACGGCUUAUAUAUAUCCAUUUCCCAGCGUCAAAGCAUAAAAAAUUGUUAGACUG